CAAUUCUUUGCUAAAGUGGGGUCGACUAUGUUGUAUGGUGUAGGAAAGAAGGAAUCUCUGAUUUUAAUAACGGUGUCAUCGAGAUGGGGUUCGAGUUUAAGUCCAUAAGCUCUUGCAAAGACUAUCAAAGGUUUAAGAAGGGGAGAUUCUCCGUCCCGAUGCUGUAACCUUUUCAUCCCAGGUCAAAAAGUUGACGGAGAAACCAGCCAACCGUUUCAAGGCAAAUCGAAAACCUCCCUAAAUCAACGAGUCUCUGGAGACCAAACUAAGCUUACAAUGUCUACCUCUCGCUUCCAGUCUGGCCCAACAGCCGCUCCCCAGUCCACCGUUAGACACGCAGGUCUUCCGGAUGUCAGUCCUUGCGGCAAACUCUUCCAAGCCGCCAAAGACGGCAAUACGAAGCUGAUCGAACAGCUAGUUCUGCAAGGGGCUGAUAUCAAUCAGCAAUGCAUGAAGCUCAAUGGCUACACCCCGCUGAUCGUGGCGGCCAUUGCGGGUCAGGUAUCAGCUGUCGAAGCGCUACUCCGCCUCAAAGCUGACCCUAAUAUCCGGGACAGCGAUGGCUACAAAAUCAGCAAACUGGCUAUUGACGCCAACCAGAUGGAUGCAGUGACCUGCCUAAUUAAAUGGGGGGUAGUUGUAACUGAUCCGCGGGUCCAGGAAGGAAAGGAUUGGCUGACAGAGCAAUACGAGCUCAUGUGGAAAGACGUCAAGGAUCCAGAUAGCAAGCCACCUCGAGCAGUGCUAGACUACAUCAACAACGGCUAUCCUAACGGCCCAUGGCCUGACAAGCGAUCCAUCUUGGAUGUGUAUUGGGAGCAUAUUCUGCUUCAGUACAUCGGUGAUCAACCUCUGGAUAUCCAGCGGAAUGUGUCGACGGAUCUCAUCCUGCCUCAUUCGGGAACCUUUUGUCGCAUCUUGAGCGGUCACGCAGGUUAUAAGGAGGCGGCCAGGCUCUUGUAUAAGGCAUUGCCUACCACCAAGUACAUCAUCAAAGGAACUGUUGUGGAUGAGAAGGACCGAUGGGUCACUGAGCGAUGGGGAUACCUUGACACAGACUACAAACUCCAGGUGGAAGAUGGUAUCGACGCUUUUUUGAUAAAUAAGGAGACAGAGAAGAUUGAAGUGAUGAUGAUUAACUUCAGCGUUGGACCUACUGGGUCGUGAAUUGAUGGGCAAGGGACCUUCGGUCGAGAUUGGAAUGAGGUGGGUGGAAUGAGGUGGAUGGAAUGGUUUUGUUUGCUAGGGUCUCCGUUGCUUGUAUAAAAGUUGGAAAUCGAGGAGAAGAAAACUGAAAAUAAGGAAGGAGGAAGCCAAGAAUGAAAUAAAAGAAAAAAAGAAAAAGAAACUAAAAAAGAAAAAGAAAAAGAA